UUUAAUGUUAGUUUACAGCAGAGCAGUUGGAGUGAAAAGAAAUCUAACAAAAAUAAAUACAUAUAAAAUAUACGAGAAAAAAGGAAAAAUUAGAAGAAAAUCCAAGUGCAAGUGCUGCGUGUGUUCGGGUGGAAAACUGAUGAGCAAUUUUCAACAAGUGCACGUAUUUCCACAGCGUGCAAGUUAAAUAGUUCUUACCUAUGACGACAGAAAUUUAAAAAGCAAACAAAUUCGGCGUAUAAUUUAAGCGAAAUGUCCGCCAAAAGUGAGGCGGACAAUGUAAGUGGUGCCACAUCUGGUGGCAGCGGCAGUGGAACGGGAGCCGGAGGCUCAUCAUCCUCAAAUGGUACGGCAACGCCGGCACGACGUCUAAGGACACGAAAUUCGACUGGAAGUGGUACAGCCAGCGGUAGUGAAUCAGCUAAGAAAACUUCAUCAUCGUCAUCAGCAUCUAUAACCAAUUCCAAUUCCAAUGAUGAUCAUCAUCAUCACCAUCAUGCAUCUGCACCCUUAAAUAUUAGUGGAUCUACUCAAUCGGCAACUGCUGCGUCUGCUGGUCCUUUAACAGGAGCGGCAACGGGGGGGACUACAUCUUCCUCUUCGUCACUGACUGGACAAGGACAAGCUACCCCUGCUGUUCCGGCUGCCACUGAACGUCCUAUGCCCAGCGUGCCGAUGAAUCAUGCCAGCAGCAGUGUAUCUGCCACUAGAAAAUAUCACAACAGUUGCCCACAUCCACCGACACCGAUGCAUAAGAAGAUCUUGCAUACACAACCGCAUAGCACAAAUAAAUUUGAUCAGAAUAAGAAUGAGGAAUUCCAUUUUGAUACGCCACCCGAAUGUCCUGUAUUCCGGCCAACUGCCGAGGAAUUCAAGAAUCCCUUGGCCUAUAUAAGUAAAAUUCGUUCCAUAGCCGAGAAAUGUGGCAUUGCCAAGAUUCUGCCGCCUGACAAAUGGUCACCGCCAUUUGCCGUCGACGUGGAUAAAUUGCGUUUUGUGCCCCGAGUGCAAAGACUCAACGAAUUGGAGGCCAAGACGCGGGUUAAACUCAAUUUUCUCGAUCAGAUCGCCAAGUUUUGGGAGCUACAAGGAGCCUCACUCAAAAUUCCAAUGGUUGAGCGCAAGGCAUUGGAUUUGUAUACACUACAUCGGAUUGUUCAGGAGGAGGGUGGCAUGGAAACCGCAACCAAAGAACGCAAAUGGGCCAAAGUGGCCAAUCGUAUGCAAUAUCCAUCGAGUAAGAGUGUUGGAGCCACCCUAAAGGCCCACUACGAACGCAUACUGCAUCCCUUCGAGGUCUAUACAUCGGGCAAGGUAUUGGGCUCGAGUGGUGGACCAACGCCGACACCGGUUAAACUCGAAGAUGGCGGCACCGAUUACAAGUCUCAUGAGAUCCUAACACGUCAACAAAUUGCUCCACCCAAUGAGCAGAAUACACGACGCUCCAAAAGAUUUGGCAAUUCCACUGCUAGUUGUGGUCUAAAAGGAUCAGCAGCAGCUGCAGCUGGUGUAACCAUUAAAACAGAGACAAAGGAGGAUUUUAAACGUGAUUUGUUGAGCAGUUUUAAUGCUGUCACAGCUUCUGGAGCUGGAGGAGGAGCUGCUGCUGGCGGUGCUGGCAAAGAUGCAAAGGAUACCAGUGCACCAACAACUCGCGGAGCCAUGCAAAAGAAGUCAUCAAAUGAAACGCCAGCCACUGCAUCUGUGGCAAAUACUCCUCUAAUUGAUCCACUCAUGAAAUACAUUUGUCACAUUUGCAAUCGUGGUGACAUUGAGGAGGCCAUGCUCCUAUGCGACGGCUGCGAUGAUAGCUAUCAUACAUUCUGUCUGUUGCCGCCAUUAUCCAGUAUACCCAAGGGUGAAUGGCUAUGUCCGCGUUGUGUGGUCGAGGAGGUGAGCAAGCCACAAGAAGCAUUCGGUUUCGAGCAAGCCGAACGUGAAUACACUCUCCAACAAUUUGGACAGAUGGCCGAUGAAUUUAAGAAGGAAUAUUUCCGCAAACCCGUACAUCUGGUGCCCACCGAGAUGGUGGAAAGGGAAUUCUGGCGUAUUGUCUCAUCGAUCGAUGAGGAUGUCACAGUCGAAUAUGGAGCUGAUUUGCAUACCAUGGAUCAUGGUUCUGGUUUCCCUACAAAGAGUUCAGUUUAUCUUUUGCCGGGGGAUCAGGAGUAUGCCGAAUCGAAUUGGAAUUUGAAUAAUCUCCCCUUGCUAGAGGAUUCAAUAUUGGGACACAUUAAUGCAGAUAUCAGUGGCAUGAAUGCACCAUGGAUGUAUGUGGGCAUGUGUUUUGCUGCCUUCUGUUGGCAUAAUGAGGAUCAUUGGAGUUAUUCCAUCAACUAUUUGCAUUGGGGUGAACCGAAAACUUGGUAUGGUGUACCCGGUUCGUGUGCCGAACAAUUUGAGGAGACAAUGAAACAGGCUGCCCCAGAAUUAUUUAGCUCUCAGCCGGAUUUAUUGCAUCAAUUGGUCACGAUUAUGAAUCCCAAUAUCCUGAUGAAUAAUCGUGUGCCCGUUUAUCGUACAGAUCAGCAUGCUGGCGAAUUUGUCAUCACAUUUCCUCGGGCCUAUCAUGCUGGCUUCAAUCAGGGCUAUAAUUUUGCCGAAGCUGUUAACUUUGCCCCGGCCGAUUGGCUAAAAAUGGGCCGGGAAUGUGUCAAUCAUUAUUCGAUGCUGCGCCGUUUCUGUGUCUUCUCACACGACGAGCUAGUCUGUAAAAUGGCCUUGGAGCCGGCUAAAUUGACAUUUGGCAUAGCCACCGCCUGUUACAUAGACAUGGCCGAAAUGGUCGAUACGGAGAAGAAACUACGCAAAUCUCUGCUGGAAUGGGGCGUUACCAGGGCGGAGCGUCGAGCAUUCGAACUGGUUAAUGACGAUGAACGCCAUUGUCAAGAGUGUAAUACCACAUGUUUCCUCUCUGCUGUGGCCUGUGAGUGCAAUGAGAAGCUAAUUGUCUGUCUGCGACAUUACACAGUCCUCUGUGGUUGUGCCCCAGAGAAGCAUACGCUUAUCUAUCGCUAUACGUUGGAUGAGAUGCCUCUGAUGUUGCAAAAACUAAAAGUAAAGGCACAUAGUUUUGAGCGGUGGCUAUCACGUUGUCGGGAUAUAGUCGAUGCCCAUACACCGACAUCGGUUACACUCUCCGAAUUGCAAGAGCUAUGCAAGGAGGCGGAAACAAAGAAAUUUCCCUCAUCCCUGCUUAUAGAUCGUUUAAAUGCAGCUGCAAUUGAGGCGGAGAAAUGUGUUACAGUCAUUCAGCAAUUGGGUAUAAAUAAGGUACGCACCCGUUCAGAUCAUAAUCAGGAAGCAGCUCAAUAUAAACUUACCAUGGAAGAGCUGGAACUAUUUGUUCAAGAAAUCGAUAACCUGUGUUGCAUCAUCGAUGAGGGAGCCUCUGUGCGGGAGCUUUUGGUAUUGGGCAAGCAGUUUGUGGAGAGGGCAGAAGUCCAAUUAUCAUUGUCACUGGAGGCACUCGAAGAAAAUGAGCUGGAGACCCUGAUCAGUGAGGGAAGCUCUCUGCGCAUUGAGCUGCAACAAUUGGAUUUGUUGCAGAAACGCAUAAAGCAAUGCAAAUGGUAUAAACGAUCACAGGGACUACGAGAGACUAGCUCCAAGUUGACGUAUCAGGAUAUUAAGAAUCUAUUACAUAUGGCAGCUGCUGAUUUGGAUCCCACAGAUCCGUAUGUGGACAAGGAGAUGCGUAAGCUACAGAAGAUUGGAGCCGAUAUCGAGGCAUGGGAAUCACAAGCUGCUAAAUAUUUCCGACGUCUAACCCAACAGCAUGAACUGAGCGAUAUCGAACAGUUCUUGAAGUCGGCCAGCGAGAUUAAUGGUCAAGUGCCAUCGCAUGGCAUACUGAAGGAUGCGUUGCGCAAGGCACGUGAAUGGCUGCGUUCGGUGGAGCAGCUGCAACAGAAUAAUCAUGUGACCUAUUGUCAUACCCUGGAGACGAUGAUUGAGCGGGGCCUAGGCAUACCAAUCCAAUUGGAGGAGCUAAGUCGAAUGCAAGGACAUUUGAAUAGCGCCCAUCAAUGGAAAGAAAAUACUGCCUGCGCUUUUCUCAAGAAGGGGACAUGUUAUACGCUUCUCGAGGUGUUAAUGCCUCGUGCCGAUGCCAUUAACAUUGACUCGGAUCUCAAGCCACGGUUCCAGGAUGAUUUUCUAAAGGAGAAGAAUCCCGCUGAAAUUGUGGCCACCUUUAAAAAUGCCGAGGAACAGGAGCUGGUUGACAUGCGUGAUCUGAGGCGGCAGAAUGUGGUGAAGAAUCCAAGAAGAGAUGUCUUUUGUCUGUGCAAAUCUGAAUUCCGUUCGAUGAUGUUCAAUUGUCAAUUGUGUCGGGAUUGGUUCCAUGAGGAUUGUGUUCCCCCACCGCCGGUGGCAACGACAAAUGGUCUUCUGAAUGGUGGCAGCGGAGCAGCCGGAGGACCACCAAGUCGACCCAAAUGGCUUUGCCCCAGUUGUGUGCGCUCGAAGAGGCCGCGCCUGGAGACCAUACUUCCACUUCUUGUCCAACUCCAACAGCUGCCCAUUCGCCUGCCCGAGGAUGAAGCAUUGCGCUGCUUAGCCGAGCGGGCAAUGAACUGGCAGGAUCGGGCACGCAAGGCAUUGAGUAGUCCGGAUGUGAGUGCCGCCCAAGAAGCAAUUAUGGCCCAGCAGCAGCAGCUAAAGAGACGCUCCGAUGGCGGCUUGGGUAGCAUUAGUAGCCCCCGCAAGCCUCGGCGACGGGGCAGCCUGUCCAAGGAGGCCGCCAGCGGUUCAACCGAAUCCGAUGCCGAUGAUGAUGACGAUGAGGAUGAAUGCCGUCUGCGUAUAGUCGAAGAUGGCUUCAGCAAUGACGAGGAUGAAUUAAAUUCUGCAAGCGCCACACCCCACCCCGCCACAUCCACCACCACCAACAAUGACUCCAAUUCCGAUCUCCUCAAACUGUUGUCCGAUAGUGAAAUUGAAAAUCUUCUGGACCUCAUGAUGGAGGGUGAUCUGCUCGAGGUCUCAUUGGAUGAGACGCAGGAAUUGUGGCGGAUUCUGGAGACUAUACCGCCCACUCAACUCCAGUCCGAGGCUCUGAAUCGGGUGGCUCAACAUGUUCAACGCCAGCGGCAGCAGCAAACUCAUCCAACUUUAGCAACAUCCUCUAGCAUACACUCCGGCCCGGAUGAUUCCAAUGACAGCCUAUUGGUGCAGAAUAGUCCCAGUAGCCAAAGUGGCGGCGCGACAGGACCCGGUAGUGGAGCAGGUGGACGCAAUAAGAAACGACGUUCGAAUGAUGCGAGUGGCGCCAAUGCGGCAGUUCCACGCAAGAAACAAAAUACACCCAAACAGACGCCCAACAAAAAGGGAGCUGGAACUGCAGCGGGCCGAAAGAGUGACGCGAAGACAACGGCAACGGCAACUGGUGCCGAUGCUGAUGCUGAGAACAAGCAGGCGAAUGGUGGCAACACAACGGGAACGGGAUCAACACCAACUACCACGCCCACGCCGGGCUCAGCCCACAAGAAACGCAAACGAACCUCCACCAAUAAUAAUAACAACAACAACAAUCCAAAUAACAACUCCAACAACAGUAGUUCCGCUGGUGGAGGAGGAGGAGGAGGAGGAGGUGCUGCUGGAGCACCACCAACCACUGGUCAAAAGAAACAUGCCCAGCGCAAUCAACAGGCGGCCCAAGAGGAUGACGAAGAGGAAUGUCGAGCAGAGAAUUGCCAUAAGCCGACGGGACGUGAAGUCGAUUGGGUGCAAUGCGAUGGCGGAUGCAAUGAAUGGUUCCACAUGUACUGUGUGGGUCUCAAUCGUAGUCAGAUCAAAGCGGAUGAUGAUUAUAUCUGUAUACGUUGCACCAAAACUGUCACCGUGGUGGCCACAACAACGACGACGACGACAGCAGCGGCAGCCACAGGUGCAUCGACUCCGAGCACCACGACUCCAAGCAAAGGUCAAAGAACCGCACAGUCGGCGAGGUAGAGAGAAUUUGGACACCGAACCGGACACGUUGGGAACAGCCGUUUUGUGUUUUGAACACCAACCACAAUUUAACACUCACAUAUACACUCACUCACCCAUACACACACACACACACAGAAACCUAACUAACGGUAUUUUGGGGCCAGCGUUGGGGCAACUUUCGAUAAAUUUGAAAACUAUCGAUAUCGAGGCACAUCUGCUAGAUCCGCUUACCUUAGAGUUUAGGUACAGUCACUUAAAAAGUUUUUGUAGUUCAUUAUAUACAUAUAUAUAUAUA